CGACCAAUACCACUGUUUCGUUGAUGCCGCCACCACAUCGAAAUCGUAUGAGUUUCGCAACAUCAACUAUAGGUACUAAAUUACAAUUUCAGGCUUCGUUAGCGCAACCAGCAAUUACCUAAGAUACCUAUGCGUCUACGAGCGAUAGCUAAUGUUCUUGUCUUGAGAAAUUGGUACCAUGGUACCCAGCACCAAUGGGUUUGAUGGUGUAGCUCCGCAGAGCGUAACGUGAUUAUGUUGUGUUAUUAUGUCAGAUUCUGCUGAGUAUUAUUGUUGAAAACAGUACACGUUGCACUUUUGUUACAGUAGCUAUUAUUUAUUUAUGUGUAGCAAUAUGUUUCGUGAAAGUUUAAACCGAUUCUACGCCAGUUUUGAGUGAAAUAGGCAGUGCUACAAAGAUUUAGUUCGGGGGUGACAAAACUCUGUUUAAUUUAAAGUUGUUGAAACCAUAAUGAGUGCAACAAUGUUUACAAAAAUCCCAGAAACGACCAAAACUAAAAUUCCUGUUCCUGCUAGUCCUACUCCGUUACGUAGACAUAACAGUCUCCGCUUGAGGGGUGAAAAACCCUUCACUUAUCCGAUAGGGAAGCGGCGAGAUGAGGAAAACAACAUUAUUAUAGCCAAGGAAAGCCCAGAUCAGAACCACACGGCCAGCAAAGACCGCAACCACAAUAAUAAUCGAUUCCCCUUUUCGGACACAACGCACCACCAGUCCUCGUUCAACCCUCUUUUACAACGGGGCCGAUCGUUCAUGGAGAGGAGCGACCGGGGGGUUCAACAUGGAGCUAAGAGACCGGAAAAUAUGAAAAUCGGGAAUCGAAGUCCCGUAGAGGUGCUAAAAGGAGGUACUACCCCAGUGUCGCCCAGUAGAGUGAGAAGUCUGUCCUUAUCUUUAGCCAAUGUUAGACAAGGAAACCAUAGUUCUAAAUCGCCUUCAAUAAUCACUUCCUCUCCGAACCGUCAAAUUUCUGCCGAUUCGAGAAAUUUUUCGACUGGUGCUAUAGAUAAUUGGGAUUCAGAAAGCGUAACUAGUAUAGGAAGCAGUGUGGCGUCUUGUGACCAUUCCAGUGUAGCUUGGAACGGUACAACUUUUUCAGGAAGGAGCAUGAAGUAUGUUUUUCAUUGCAAUCAACACGCUGGAGCAGUAGGGGACGAGUACUUAACGCCGACACAAAGAGCUCAAAAGCAAGUAAAGAAACUCAAAUACCUCCUGCAGCAAGCUCAGAAGGAUUUAGAAGAGAAAGAUAGUGAUAUUUUGAAAUUAACCAAAGAAGUAGUUGAAUUGAGAUUGUAUAAGGCUGCCCUAAGUUCGCCAGAAGACAAAUCAAAUUCGAGUGAUGCCGUUACAGUUAGAGAAAAUAACAGUAACGAAACAACUCCAGAAGAUGCCGUAGAUGGAUUAUCGAAUCACCUAGCGAACGACCUUAACACGUCGUUCGCCGAUUCCGGCCAUUUUGAAGACUGCACAAGUUCGUCCGUUCAUUCUAAAGAGUCUGUGUUAUCAGAAGAUUGUAGAACGCCUAGUAAAUCGGGAAGAUUAGUACGAUUAGACAAGUCCACAUCCACCGAUCAAGAAAUUGAACACCAAAAGAUAAUCGAGGAAUACGAGAGGAGGUUCCAAGAGCUGAUCAAAACGCACGAGGAAGAAUCGAUUCAAUUAAAACAAAAACACAACGAAAAGAUCGAAGAACUCCUGCAGAGGAUCAGUGAGAUCAACGCUAGGUAUUGGCAGAUAGUACCCGAAUUAGAAGAAGCCAAAGAAAGGAUCAAAGAGCUCGAACACCAGCUAGAGGAGGCUAGCAAGAAGUUGGACGAGCAAAACGCCGAGGCGGAGAAGACUGCCAAGUCUGAAGAACUUCUUAAUAGGAGCGAAGAGUUGGUGAAGCAUCACAAUAAGAUAGUGGAGCUAGCUCAACAUCCAAGCCGAGUAUCAGUUCCAGAGCUGCUAAAUGAAUUACAAGUAACAAGAAAUGAGCUAGAGAACAUAAGAGACGUUGAGUAUGCAACAACUUCUAAUAAUUCACAACCACUUUUGAGUGCAAAAGAGGCACUUUCUUUGUGGGUACUUGGUGCAAGGAAGGCGAUGUACCGGCAACUGAUGGAAGCCAAAAACAAAAACAAAAUAGAUCCUGAAAUCACGUUACAAUUUUUAAAAUCAGCCGUUUACUAUUUUCUUACCGAUAAAGAAAAUAGCCAAGGUCACCUCAAGGCCAUCCAAAGCAUCCUAGGAUUUUCCUCUAACGAAAUUUCGAGUAUAGAACGCGCUAGACAAACCUAGCGAUUUAAAAAUAAUUAGUGCCUAAAUAUAGUUAUAUAUUUAUUGAAUUUAAAUCUUUAUGAAAUUGUUAAGAGUUAAGUAUUAUUUAAAAAAAUGUUUCUAAAAAUAUAAAACGUAGGUUAUUUGCUUACUAUUCGAAAAACGGAAAUUAAAUGUAAGGCAAGGGUUGCUAGGCCACCAUUAACCUCGAAUUUCAGGCAGCUACCUGCUACAAAUUUCCCAAAAGACUCCUUAAAAGAACUACCGACAUGAAAUUCAUCUGUUUUUUCAGUUUCACACGCUUCUCCACUCUGAUCUACCAUCUACCAUACUCUAUCCUCGCUCUCUCUCUCCCACACUAUUUUCUCUCUCUCUCUCUCUUUCUUCCUCUCUAUACCCGACUUUUGGACCUGGGCAAGCUGACUCAAUAAGAGUUGCACAUUUCCUCUCCCUUUUCCUCUAUUGUGUUCUUUUAAAUGGUAGCAUCUCAUCCACCAUUUCCAUGAUUAAUUAUAGGCUGACUACCAGCUCCCUUUUCUAUCGACUACCCAUCCAUUACAUAUUAACAGGGUGUGUGACAAUGUUCGACAUUUCUUCUUCUUCUUCUACGGUACUACAGCCCAAAUUGAGCCUUGGCCUCCUUUACUUUUUGCCUCCACCCUUGCUGGUCUGUAGCUGCUCUUCUCCAUACACGGACUCCUAAAAGGGCUUGUGCGUCGCUGUUUACUGUGUCUUCCCAGCGCUUUCUUAGCUUUCCAACCGGUCUUUUUCCCUGCAUUCUAGCAUUCAGUGCUCUUUUGGUAGCCUAUCCUCUCCCAUUCUUAUCACAUGUCCGGCCCAUUGCAAUCUUUGUAUUCUAAUGAAGUCUGACAGAAGUGCUUCCUUAUAAAGUUGAUAAAGUUCGUUGUUGUAUCGACUUCUGAAGAUUCCGUUUUCCCUUACAGGUCCUAGUAUUCUCCUCAGUACUUUCCUUUCGAAUGUGUCGAGUUUGUUUUUGGAUGUUUCUUUCAGGACUCAGGCUUCACUGCCAUAGCAUGUUAUUGGUCGAAUUAAAGUUUUAUAGAUUCUCAAAUGUUCGACAUUUGUCAGUACAAAAAUUGUCGUUUUCUACCUUACCGAAUCUAUUCUGAAAUAUCUGUCGAAGCUUUGUACGAAACUGAGAAAAGCAUUCAACUAAACUAUUAUUACUGGUAUAUGCAAAUCUGCAUCAGAUAUUCAGAUGACACAAUAGUAUUUGCGGACAACCUAGAAGAUCUACAAGUCCUUAUGACCAAAAUCACGUAAUACAGUCAAGAAUAUAGAUCAAUAUAAACGUAAAGAAGACAAAGCUCAUGAUAAUUAGAAAAAGAUAACGUAAGGUCAACCAAACCCAGUAGAAAGAGUGGUUUACUACUAUUACCUCGGCAUCAAAAUAAAUGAAGAAAUGGUUAACAAUCAGGAGGUAAGAGCUUGCAUUGAAAAAGUUAGAUCCACCUUCAACUGGAUGGGAACUUUCUUCAAGAGCCACAAUCUCUCUCUUGGUAUAAAAAUAAGAAUUCUGCAAUGCAAUGUCUACUGUAUCCUUGUUUACCGUAUCGGAAAAUACUUACGAUCCUGUAGACUUGCCGAUUCACAAAUGAGGAAGUCCUUAAAAAAAUGAAGAAGAACCGAGAGGUACUGACCACCAUUAAAUCUCGAAAUACAUAAUACUUCGGACACUUUCAUCAUCCAGCCUCAAAAGUCCACUGCUGAACAUAGGCCUCCUCCCCUCGUUUCCAACCCCAUCUAUCCUGCGCCGCCCUCAUCCAGUUUUUAUUUACCUUUCUUAAGUCGUCAGUCCAUCUUGUAGGCGGUCGAUCGACGCUUCUCUUGUCUUCUCUUGGCCUCCAUUCCAAUAACCUCUUCGUUCAUCGCCCAUCUGUCAUUCUGGCUACGUGUCCUGCCCAUCUCCACUUCAACCUGGCUAUCCUCUCGAUGACGUCAGUCACCUUUGUUCUUCUCCUGAUUUCUUCGUUUCUGAUUUUGUCUCGCAGAGUUAUUCCUAACAUUGACCGCUCCAUUCUUCUCUGCGUGACUCUUAGUUUGGUAGCCGAGGCUUUAGUUAAGGUAAGUGUUUCUGAUCCGUACGUCAAGACUGGGAGGACGCACUGAUCGAAUACCUUUCUCUUUAGACAUGUGGGUAACUCACUUUUAAAAGUUUCUCUCAGUUUUCCAAAUGCUGCCCACCUCGGACACUUUAUGCGAAAUGAAUCCAGAUAAGCCCUCCUACAAGCCAUCCUACCAGGAAUAAUAUUUGGAAAGCUACUUCCAGGAAGAAGAGGAACAUCCUGAUUAAAGAACCUCCGAAUCUGGUUCAACACAAUAUCUGUUAAGCUUUUUCGCGCAGAUAAGAUAUGUAAAGAUUGCCAUGGGGAUCGCCAACAUUCAUCACGGAUAGGCACAUCAAGAAGAAAAAGAACCUUACUGAUCAUGCCAACAUAGUUCCUGCAGCAUCUAUAUGUUCUAUGAGCAUCUACGUUAAGAAGUAAUCCAAAUUUUUAGCACAUCUUGUAAACUACUAAGUCUUGGUAGACGCAUGAUUCUGUAGCCACACGACACACCCUUCCUGUCAGCGCGAGAGAGGUGCUUCUCUACCACUCUAUUGGGACCUCCUCGUUUAACAUCUGGAUCAGGUAAAGGCCAAGGUCCUCCAAAUCACUGCUAUACAUGCUCCCCUAAUCAUCCGUUUUAUUCAGUCACAUCUCUUUUGGAAACACUCACUUAUGCACAUUCGUAUGUAUUCACCUCCUUUUUCAUGUUUUCUUGACGACGCAUCAAUCCAUACAUGCAACAAGCUCAUGCCUCUUAUCCAUUCUUCGUCUUGGUCAUAUGUAGAGGACACACCUAACAAAAGCUCUUCAUGUCAUUUGCGAUCCAAAAUAGAGCGAUCUAUUAAGAUUGCAUGGUUCAUGCCUAUGGGCAGUCCAGCAGUAACUUCAACUGAUCAUUUGCCCUACUUUUAUAUCCGUUUAAAAAUUAGAUAUUUUUAAUAAGCUAAAUCAACGUUUUUGGCUGUAUUUGAAUAAUUACUUUUUAUAUUUUUUAUAUAGACUCAUUUUUAGAUAGUCAAAUUAUUUCAAGGCAAUAACGGGAGCUACUUAACGGAUAUCAUUUCUUACUUCAUCUGAAACAGUCUAUUUUUGUUAAAAAUUUUCAAUAAAGUUGCAUCAUGGCAUUUAAAA